AGAGGCAGUUCCUCAUCCCAUUUCUCCUUUCUCCUUAAUUUCCUCCCACCUCUUUCCAUCUUGUUUCUUCUUUUUUACCUUUUUAACAAAUAUCAAAUUUAAUAAAAGAUCAACGUACACCAAAAAUAUAUAAUUAUUUAUAUCUUUAUACAUUUAUUAUUUUAUCACAUCUCAAUUUUUAUGUUAAUUUCUCUGGUAUUUUAACUCCAUUAAACACUUGGAAAACAGUAUCCAAUUCAGACGCAAGUUGAACUCGACCCAGCCUACAACUCGUAGUUAUAUACCUGCACUUUGUCUGUGACACACACCAAAACCAAAUCACACUUUCUAUAAUAUAUUCAUCUCCAUCGAUAACUCCGUCUCACAUCGAAUUCGAACAUGGCGAGGAAUACUAUUGACCUUGUAUCCAAUCUCAACGUAGCACAACACUUCUCCAUCGACUCAACCCUCCGCUAUUGCUCCUCCAAUGUCUCUGGCUUCCCUCAUUCCCCUACUCACUUCACCAUCUCCCAGUUUGGGCAUGGACAAUCCAACCCCACGUACUUGUUGGAAGCGGGUUCACAUGGCUCCUCGGUGAAGCGCUAUGUUCUCAGGAAGAAGCCUCCAGGGAUGUUGCUGGCUUCAGCUCAUGCUGUCGAAAGAGAGUUUCAGGUUCUGGAGACAUUAGGCACUCAUACCCAAGUUCCGGUUCCUAAGGUUUUUUGUUUGUGCAAUGAUCCAAGUGUUAUUGGAACAGCAUUUUAUAUCAUGGAAUUUUUGGAGGGACGCAUAUUUAUUGACCCCAAGCUACCAGGUGUGACACCGGAGAGGAGGAGGGAAAUUUACCGGGAAACUGCAAAAACCUUAGCUUCCUUACAUUCUGCUAAUGUGGACUCAAUUGGUCUCGGAAAAUAUGGGCGGCGAAAUGAUUAUUGCAAAAGACAGAUUGAGAGGUGGGCUAAGCAAUAUAUUGCCUCAACUAGUGAGGGUAAACCUGCAAGAAAUCCAAAAAUGUUUGCCCUGGUUGAUUGGCUGCAGCAUCAAAUCCCUCCCGAAGAUUCUUCAGGAGAAACAGCAGGUCUGGUUCAUGGAGAUUUUCGCAUUGACAAUCUUGUGUUCCAUCCCACAGAGGAUCGAGUAAUUGGAAUACUAGACUGGGAAUUGUCUACCCUUGGUAACCAAAUGUGUGAUGUCGCAUAUUGCUGUAUGCCUUAUAUUGCAGAUAUUGGAUUUGAAAAAGUACAAGAAGGUUUGGAACUUUUUGGAUUACCUGAGGGAAUUCCUUCACUACCAGAAUAUUUGGCUGAUUACUGCUCUGUAGCAGGAAGAAAAUGGCCUGCUACUGAAUGGAAGUUCUAUGUUUCCUUUUCUUUGUUCCGUGGGGCUUCAAUUUAUGCUGGAGUGUAUAAUAGAUGGGUUAAGGGCAAUGCAUCAGGAGGUGAGCGUGCUCGACACACAGCAGUACUUGCUAAUGGCCUUAUAGAUGCUGCUUGGGAAUUUAUUGAACGCAAAUCUGUACUUCCGCACCAUCCUCCCUCAGAUGCAAAUGCACGACACUAUUCAAAGGAGUUGGUGAAUGGGAAUGAUAUGCAGGGCCUCUCAAAUCAGGGGAAGUUUGUUCCUAGUCAAAAGGUUUUGGUGCUGAGGAACAAAUUAAUUAAGUUCAUGGAGGAACACAUAUACCCCUUGGAAAAUGAAUUUUUUAAACUUGCCCAGUCAGAAUCACGUUGGACUGUUCACCCAGAAGAGGAAAAGUUAAAGGAAAUUGCAAAGAGAGAAGGCUUGUGGAACUUAUGGAUUCCUCUUGAUAGUGCUGCAAGGGCAAAAAAUCUUAUUUUUGAUGGAAGCAAUAGUGAUCUCUCUAGUGAUGCAAAUGAGUUGUUAUUGGGUGCUGGACUUACAAAUCUCGAAUAUGGAUACCUUUGUGAGAUCAUGGGUCGUUCUACUUGGGCUCCACAAGUGUUUAAUUGUGGUGCACCUGACACAGGUAAUAUGGAGGUAUUACUACGCUAUGGAAAUAAAGAACAACUACGAGAAUGGCUUAUUCCUUUGCUUGAGGGGAAGAUUAGGUCUGGAUUUGCAAUGACAGAACCACGUGUUGCAUCUUCUGAUGCAACCAAUAUUGAGUGCUCUAUCAAAAGGCAAGGAGAUUCAUAUAUUAUCAAUGGGACAAAAUGGUGGACAAGCGGUGCUAUGGAUCCAAGAUGUAGAAUUCUUAUAGUUAUGGGCAAAACUGACUUCAAUGCAGCAAAGCAUAAACAGCAAUCUAUGAUCUUGGUGGAUAUCCAGACUCCUGGUGUUCACAUAAAGAGACCACUGACAGUGUUUGGCUUUGACGAUGCUCCUCAUGGGCAUGCAGAAGUAACAUUUGAAAAUGUUUGUGUGCCAGCAAAAAACAUCAUACUGGGUGAAGGACGUGGAUUUGAGAUUGCUCAAGGUAGGCUUGGUCCUGGAAGGCUGCACCAUUGUAUGAGACUGAUAGGUGUUGCUGAACGAGGCAUGCAUAUGAUGGUUCAAAGAGCUCUUAAUAGAAGAACAUUUGGGAAGUUGAUUGCUCAACAUGGUUCAUUUCUUUCAGAUAUGGCCAAGUGCCGAAUAGAGCUAGAGAAGACCAGAUUGUUAGUGUUGGAAGCGGCUGAUCAGCUUGAUAGGCAUGGGAACAAAAAAGCUCGGGGGAUAAUAGCAAUGGCAAAGGUAGCUGCGCCAAACAUGACUCUAAAGGUGAUUGACAUGGCAAUCCAAGUGCAUGGAGCAGCUGGUGUAUCAUCUGACACAGUCCUGGCACACAUGUGGGCAACUGCAAGGACAUUGAGAAUCGCAGAUGGUCCAGAUGAAGUCCACCUGGGGACCAUAGCCAAGUUAGAACUACAGAGAGCCAAGCUUUAAGAAGUUCAACAGUCUGCACCACUAGAAUGAAACAGGAAGUUAAAUUGCCACCAAGGAAAAAGCAUUUAUGACAAUAGCAUUGUUCCCAAAUGCUUUUGGAAGCAUUGCAUAACGUGUAUUUGUUCAAAAUAAGCUUGCUCACUGUAUUCCAGGUUGGUAACGCUUGUAUUCUUUGUUAAAUAGUAUACACCAUAACAAUGUUGUUGCUGAGAGAAAAUAAAAAUGAUACUGGGUGUGGCAGUCUUGUUCUCAUUUACAAACAUAAAUAUAUACCAAGAUUAUCCGUGGUAGAGAUUAAAGAUGCAUGCUUGAAUAUCUUAACCACGCCUAAGCAAAUAUGUGAGCCACAACUUGGUGCCUUAUUCUCCAUGUUUCAGAAGAGUGCUAAAUACUCUGCUUCUCCAUU